GGACCAGUCUCCCGAUGCUCCGAUCUUCUUCUUUCUUCUAUCGCCCCGCUCUCUCCCAUUUCUGCAAAUCUCUCUGUCUCUCUCUCUCUCUCUCUCUCUCUCUCUCACGAUGAUCAGGUCGUGGCUCUCUGUCCUCGUAGCCAUAGCGGUGCUGCUCCCUGCAUCAAAUGCGCUCCGAUUCGACCUGUCGUCGGGCCACACGAAAUGCAUCGCGGAGGACAUCAAGAGCAACGCCAUGACCGUCGGCAAGUACAGCAUCGUCAACCCCAACGAAGGCCAUCCCCUUCCCGAAUCCCAUAAGCUCACCGUCAGGGUCACUUCAGCGUAUGGGAACAGCUACCACAACGCUGAGAAGGUCGAAUCGGGUCAGUUCGCCUUCACGACCGCUGAGGCGGGAGACUAUAUGGCUUGCUUCUGGGCUCCCGAACACAAGCCCGAGACGACGGUGUCCAUCGAGUUCGAGUGGAAGACUGGUGUCGCCGCCAAGGACUGGUCCAAUGUUGCCAAGAAGAACCAAGUCGAUGCAAUGGAAUUAGAGCUGAAGAGGUUGCAGGAGACAAUCAGUUCCAUCCACGAUGAGAUGUUUUAUCUUCGGGAAAGAGAAGAGGAGAUGCAGGAUCUUAAUCGAGCUACUAAUGCCAACAUGGCGCGGCUGAGCUUCCUUUCGCUCGUCGUCUGCUUAUCAGUGGCUGGGUUGCAGCUGUGGCACUUGAAGAGCUUCUUUGAGAAAAAGAAGCUCAUCUAAUGUUUUCUCUCAUACAGGUUCAUUCCGUUUCCUCUAUAUUCUUUGAGAACUACUCACACGACGAUGUACUCUAACAAUGCAGCGAUGAGAAUGUACAUUUGGGUGGACGUAAUCUCGCAGAGAUUGCUCAAUCUUAAUUUUCUAGACAAGCAUUUACUUUCAAGGGAGGUUUAUUUGUCCCGAUCCCGUCUUGAAAAGUUUGAUAGGCUUGAUUGGUAUAUUGUGAUUCUCAUAAAUAUCUAUUUUAUCC